UGCGUGUUUUGUUUAGGCGCUAAAAUAUUGCGACAUAAUAUCACUUAAUAAUAUUUUGAGUUAAAAACACCAUGGAAGAAAUUGAAGCUUUUAUUCCAGAAGACAGAGUAACGAAUUUGGUAUUUUUCGUAAAUGGCAAAAAGGUGAUGGAACCGAGCCCUGAUCCAUCAUGGACGCUGCUGUGGUACCUGCGCAAGAGACUGUUGCUGACCGGCACCAAGUACGGCUGCGGGGAGGGCGGCUGCGGCGCCUGCACCGUCAUGCUGUCACAGUACAGGAAACAUGAAGACCGUGUCAAACAUACUGCGGUAAACGCCUGUUUGAUGCCAAUAUGCGCGCUGCACGGACAAGCGGUGACCACAGUGGAAGGCAUCGGGUCGACCGCGGAGAGAUUACAUCCUGUCCAAGAGAGAAUAGCAAAAGCACACGGAUCACAGUGCGGAUUUUGUACACCAGGCAUAGUUAUGUCCAUGUACACGCUGCUGAGAAAUAAAACAAGCAUUAAAUACGAAGACAUCGAAACUGCCUUACAAGGAAACCUCUGCAGAUGCACAGGAUAUAGACCCAUCAUUGAAGGUUUCAAAACUUUUAUCGAACCAUGGGAAACUAAAUACCAAUCUGUCGAUCAAGUUUCAUCUUGUGGCUUGGGAAAAGAUUGCUGUCGAAAUAAAAACAUUGAUUUACAAGAGGACGCAAAACUGUACAAGCCAUCAGAGUUCAUUCCUUACUGCCCCAGUCAGGAACCAAUUUUUCCACCGGAAUUAAGACUAAAUGAUGAAUUUUACAGAUCCGCAUUUAUAUAUUUUAGGGGCAAUGAUGGUGUGUGGAUAAGGCCUCGAACACUCGAAGAACUAGCAAUCAUCAAACAAAAAUUUCCUCAUAGUAAAAUAGUAAUGGGCAAUACUGAAGUAGGAGUGGAAGUUAAGUUCAAAAAUAAAUAUUAUCCUAUCAUGAUUUCCCCAAGUAUGAUACCGGAGCUAAGUGUUUUAAAAGUAGUAGACAGCGGAAUUGUUAUCGGAGCAGCUAUCACGUUAAAUGAUCUUAAUGAUUUUUUGGAAAUAGUUAUAAGAGAGCAGGGGAAAAAGGCCGCAAUAUUUGAAUCAAUUCGAGAAAUGCUGCACUAUUUUGCGGGCAAUCAAGUGAGAAACGUUGCAUCACUUAUAGGAAAUAUAGUGACGGCUAGCCCUAUAUCUGACUUGAAUCCAAUUAUGUUGGCUUGUGAAGCAAUCAUUUGCGUGUACAGUACCACAUAUGGAAUAAAAUAUAUUCGUAUUGACAGUACCUUCUUCAAGGGCUACCGAAAAGUUAAUAUAGCAGAAGACGAAAUAGUAAUAGCUAUUGAAAUACCAUUUGUAGAUAGUUGUCAGUAUUUUAAAUCCUACAAGCAAUCUCGAAGAAGAGAUGAUGAUAUUUCAAUUGUGACGGCAGCAUUUAACAUUAAAUUCGCAGAUGACUUCACAGUAUCUCAAGCCCAGUUAUGUUACGGAGGUAUGGCAUCAACCACAGUCUGUGCUACUAAAGCAUCGCACGCGUUCACAGGAUGUAAGUGGAACGACAAAACUUUAAAAGUACUUUUAAAAUUACUUGUCGAAGAAUUAGAGCUCGAUGAUUCUGCUCCUGGGGGAAUGGCAAAUUACAGGAAAUCUCUUUGUCUGAGUCUGUUUUACAGAUUUUAUAUGUACGUUUUCAGUAACAUGAAAAAUAAUGGCCUUUUAAAUACAAAACAACAGUCCGGCGUUUUCCAAAUCCAUAGUGAAGAUCCUAAAAGUUCUCAAUGUUUCGAAAUAAAUAGUAACGUGAUUCACAAACAUGACAAUAUUGGGAAGCCUAUAGUUCACAGAUCAGCAUUAAAGCAGGCUACUGGAGAGGCAAUUUAUUGUGAUGAUAUCCCGCCACUCAACGAAGAACUCUAUUUGUGUUUAAUAAAAAGCUCAGAAUGCUUUGCAAGAAUUAAGAUGAUUGAUGUUAGUAAAGCGUUAGCAUUGCCUGGUGUCGUCGCUUUUUUUUCGGCUUCCGAUUUGUCUAAGGAAAGAAACAAAAUGGGAACUAUUGUAAAAGACGAACAGAUAUUUGCUAGCGAUACAGUCUCGAGCCAAGCUUGUGUGAUUGGAGCUGUCGUUGCGAAAUCUGAAAGCAUUGCACGUAAGGCAAAAAAUCUUGUGUCGGUGAUUUACGAAAAAUUACGGCCAGUUGUUAUUACUAUUGAAGAUGCUAUAAAACAUAAAUCAUAUUUCACUGGGUAUCCGAAAACAAUUAGGAAAGGCAACGUAGAAAAAAUAUUUUCACGAUCUCGUAACAUUAUUGAAGGAUAUAUAAGAAACGGAUCCCAAGAACAUUUUUAUUUAGAAACAAUGUCUGCUUUAGCGGUGAGAAAAGAAGAUGAUCUGGAAAUAAUAUGUUCAUCACAAAACCCUGCAGAAAUUUCGCGAGUAGCUGCCGAAGUUCUUGGUAUUCCAAAUCACAAUGUAGUAACAAGAGUCAAAAGAAUAGGUGGUGGCUUCGGAGGAAAAGAAACUAGGGGUGUUGUAUUGACUAUACCAGUGGCUAUAGCUGCAUAUAAACUGAAGAAACCUGUAAGAGGUGUGCUAGAUAGAGACGAGGAUAUGCAGAUGACUGGUUUCAGACAUCCGUCGUUGAUCAAAUAUAAAGUCUCCUGUGAUGACGACGGCAAGAUUACUGCUGCUAUUUUUGACAUGUAUUUCAACGCUGGUAAUUUCAUGGAUAUUUCUUGCUCGCUAGUAUAUAAAGCAAUAAUGCAUGUUGAUAACUGUUACAAUAUACCGAAUAUUGAAGUUAACGGUUACCUUUGUAAAACCAAUCUUCCGUCAAAUACUGCAUUCAGAGGAUUUGGCGCUCCUCAAGCUAUGAUGGCUGCUGAAGUGGUGAUUAGGGACAUAGCUGAAAAAAUUAAUAAGCCAUAUGAAGACGUAAUGGAAAUUAAUUUGUACCGUGUAGGUGAUUUCACACACUUUAAUCAAGAACUUACUCACUGUACGAUAUACCGAUGUUGGAAGGAAUGCAUAGAAAUUUCGAAAUACUGGCAACGGAAGAAAAUUAUCAAAGAGUUUAAUAGCCAAAAUAGAUGGAAAAAGAAAGGCAUUAGUUUGGUUCCAACCAAAUUUGGCAUCUCCUUCCAAACUGACUUCCUAAUGCAAGGGGGUGCAUUGAUUCUUAUUUACAUAGAUGGAUCUGUCCUACUAUCUAUAGGUGGUAUUGAAAUGGGCCAAGGUCUCUUCACAAAGAUGAUGCAAGUGGCUUCUAGAUGUUUAGGAAUAGACAUCACAAAGAUUCAUAUAAGUGAAAUGGCAACAGAUAAAGUCCCGAACAGUACGUCAACUGCAGCCAGCUUGAGUUCUGACUUGUACGGUAUGGCCGUAAUCGAUGCUUGUCGUAAAAUAAAUGAAAGAUUGGAACCGAUCAAAAUCAAAAAUCCAACUGGAACAUGGGAGGAAUGGAUUUCUGCAGCAUAUUUUGACCGAGUGUCGUUGUCAGCAACCGGCUUCUAUUCGGCGCCGAAAAUAGAGUACAACGAAGAAACGAAUUCUGGAAAUCUAUUCGAAUACUUUACUUUUGGAGUGGCAUGUUCUGAGGUUAUAGUAGACUGUCUUACCGGAGACCAUCAAGUCGUAAGAACUGAUAUCGUGAUGGAUAUAGGUGAAAGUCUCAAUCCUGCUAUAGACAUUGGACAAAUUGAGGGAGCCUUUGUUCAGGGCUACGGAUUUUACACCAUGGAAGAAAUUCUAGUAUCUCCAGAGGGUGAAGUCCUCUCGCGCGGUCCAGGCACUUACAAAAUACCGACGCUGUCUGAUAUACCUAAAGAAUUUAAUGUCACUUUAUUGAAAGGAGCUCCAAAUCCACGCGCUGUCUUUUCUUCGAAGGCUGUAGGUGAGCCACCACUUUUCCUCUCUGCGUCAGUUUUCUUUGCCAUCAAAGAAGCCAUAAAGUAUGCUCGAGUUGAUGCGGGGGUCAGUCCUGAAUUUUCCCUAAUCGUCCCAGCUACAUGUGCUCGAAUUAGAAUGGCAUGUGAAGAUUUUAUAACACAAGAGGUGGAGCCGACUGUAAGACACGUCGACCAACCGUGGAACAUUAUAUUAUAAAAUAGAGCCAAUAAAAAUAUCAAU